AUGUGAAUUGUUUGACUGUUAAUCGAAGAGCGAAUAGAAUUUUCAGUAAAUAUCGUCAUUUUCAUUUUAUCUGUGUGUGGACUGCGAUACUGCCCGGGUGCCCAAGCCGAAGCAGGUAGUUUUCUUAGGGUGCCACAUCCAGAGCCUUUGAAAUAAAGAUCUGGUCCACAAGGUAGUGGAGCAACUUUAGGAGAUGCAGUUCCAUGGUAGCCGGUGACCAACAAUAGGUUCAUGCGCCUUUUGUUCCUUCAGAAUACUGGAGCCCAUGUUGGAAUCAGGAUUUUCCGACUCUCCUAGGUGAACUCUCCAUGUCCACCGGCCUGGUUAAAGCGCUGAACACUCGCCGUUCGUCCUCUCAAUUUCGUAAACAACAUCCUCGCCGCGAGAAGGCAGUGAGUAGGACUUCCCUGGCAGAGUCUGUAUACAUGUGGCUUUGUGAGAGCAUUUCGAAAGGGAGGGCCGGCCCUUCCCACUCUCGGCCGUACCAGGGCAUUCGGGGGCCUGGACAUGUGCUGUGAAUGCCGAUGCUGGGACUAGUUGUAAAAUGCGGAGAGGUGGUUAGUGUAUGAUAUUGUGUCGUGGUAUGAAGGAAAGCUGUACAGGACCGGAUUCUGUUAACCCUUCAUGACGUUCUGUUUGGGGUUCCAGAGAUGGUGUAAGACAAUGUCUUGAGACGUUAUCAGAUAUGGCUCAGAAUAGAAGCCAUUGGCUAUCCUGCUGUAACUUUCUUUUACUUUCAUCAUGAAAAAUGAACUUUACUUUUCAUUUGAUAGGAUUUUUCCCGGUUGUAUUACAUCUAACUGAACUACUUUUCCAAUAAUAAUAAUAAUAGUUAUUAUUAUUAUCUCACUCAUGUACCAAUUUAUGUUCAUUGUUCUUUUAUUAUACGCACAUUACAUUAUCUCUUCACAAGCUCAUUGUAACUGUGUGGCGCAUAUGUAUUUGAUGUGUUCGGAUAAAUAAAUAUAUUCAUACGUAUCCGAUAACGUCUCAAGACAGUGUGUUGCACCAUCUGUAAGACCAAAAACAGGAAGUCAUUAAGAACCAACAGAUGCCAGUCAUGUACAGCUUUAUGUCUCACCAGUCCUAGCAUUGACAAAUAAUGCACGAUGUGGAAUUCACUGGAACGACAUAGUGCAUGUUCGAGCAAUCGAAGUCGGUGUUUCAUGAUGGUGACACUGAUUGAAUUGUCGUCACCGUAUAAAAACGCACGCUACUGAACCUCGGCAUUACUAACAUGUUGUUACCCUUGAAUGUCAGAAGGCCAACGAUCAAACGCAGAGUCGUCUAAAAUCCUCAAUCAGGGAAGACCGAGUUUCACAAGCAUAGAGCAAAACUGGUCUAACUGACGCGUUAUAGAUCCGAUCUUUUACAGCCAGACUAGCAAUAUCAAGGCUCCAAACAUGGCUCAGAUUCGGGUAAACCGCUCUGUUUUUUACUAUACGCGAAUUGGUCUCAUCACUCACGCCACCAACUUUGCUAUGCUGCCUUCUCACAAGGAAGGAUGGGGUUAGAAAAGAUUGACCUUAAGAAUGCACACCUCGCCUUAUCCCACGGAUUUCCGUCUCCAGCGGUGAGGUCCCAACAAGCACGAAGCUAACAAAAAAAUUGCCCACAAGAAGGUCGUGUGUGACUGGCUUUAGGCAUUUGUCCCUUGGGUACUGCGGUCAUGUUCUCAGGUUACUAAGACCACCUCUUGCCCUUUUCAGGUACGUCCAGAAGAACCUUUCCACAGUGUGAGCGAUCGGGAAGUAAAAACCGCUUUCAUACUUCUAAUAGUACUCAAGACCACUGUAUUCAUAAUCAACCUCCCUCUUCAAUUCCUAUUAUUCCUCCCACCUCGACUUUCAACCCUAAAAUUCCUCUUUUGGCUUCCUCCUCAAGUGUCACCCUGGCCAACGAUUCUAGUACGCGAAACACUGUUCCAGGUCUACUGAAACCUCUCUCCAAACUACACAUUGGAGACUUCAACGUACACACCCUAUGUCGAAUCGGCCAGCAGACCUCCUUGACUAAGACCCUGGAAUCUCGUACCAUUAAUGUAUGCUGUCUCAGAAACACUCACACAGGACCCUAGUGUGGCCAGUCACUCGACCUCAGCUCGCCGAAAUGAUCUUACCGCUCAUCAACCGACCUGUAUGACAUGGUAGGACCUUAAGGAACAGUUGUUGCAGCCAGUAUAGCUCGGUUGCUUCGUCACGUUAGGCAAGCCCGACCACCACGUCAAGGUAGUAACAACAGUCGAGCAAUCCGCACUUAAUCAGUUGGCAAUCAAUGUCCGUAUGUACGGUAUGUGCUUUGCAUCUUCGAAGUACAAAGUACUUUUACAAGUCUGGCAGGAUUCUGAUCAUGUACUCACUUUGGGUGGUGAGCAGGUAGAAGUAGUCGGGAAUUUGUGUACCUGGGUAGAUGCAUAAGUGCUGGUGGUGGCGUGAGUGAUGAGAUCAAUGCACGUAUAGUGAAAGCCAGAGCGGCUUAUGCCAAUCUGGGCCACCUUUGGCGCCUUCGUGAUGUUAGUCUGACUGUAAAAGGUCGAAUCUACAACGCGUCGGUGAGUGCAGUUUUACUCUAUGCUUGUGAAACCUGCCCUCUCCGAGUUGAGGACGUUAGACGACUCUCUGUGUUCGAUCAUCGCUGUCUCCGAAGGAUUGCUGACAUCCAGCGGCAACACCAUGUCAGUAAUGAAGAGGUUCGUCAUCGUGUGUUCGGGCGCAGAGACGAUAGUUCAAUUGGUGUCACCAUCUCGAAACAUCGACUUCGGUGGCUUGGACAUGUCCUACGAACGUCGUCCCAGAGAAUUCCACGUCGUGCAUUAUUUGCCGACGCGCGGACUGGUUGGAAGAAGCGGAGAGGUGGUCAGUGUAUGACAUGGUGUCGUGGUAUGAAAGGAAGCUGCAAAGGACUGGCUUCUGUCGGUCCUUCACGACUUCCUGGUUGGGGUCUGAGAGAUGGUGCAACACAGUGGCUAGAGACGUUAUCAGAUAUGGCUCAGAAUAGAAGCCAGUGGCGAUCCUACUGUAAUCUUUUACUUUCUUCAUAAAAAGUGGUUGUAUGUUCCUUAACUGAAAGAAUUCUUCUGGUUGUACCUUUCUGUUUCUCGCAUUAUUAUUAUUAUCAUUACACUACCAUACACUAAGCCGUGGUCGUUAUUGUUCUUUUUUUAUUUCUUAUACGCACCUUACCUUCUUUCUUACUCCCCAUUCUCAUUGCUUUGUGUGGCACAUGUAUAUUUGGUGCCCCCGUGUAGCAAUAUUUGUGUUCAAAUAAAUAAAUUGUCUGAAUAAUUAAUAAUACUAAUAAACCACAGAAAAUAAUGCGGUCAUGUGAACUUUCAAUCAUAGGUAAACAAUUGUCAGACGUUUUUCAAGUACAUUAGUGGCAAACAAAAGUGAUUAUUCUAAUUUGGAAUUCCCUAGUUAGAGAACAGGGGAAUGAAAGAUCGUCCGAAUAUUAGGAUCAGCGGUAACUUGUAUGGAUAGAGACUGUCAAAAGCUAACUUUUUGACCUCUUUAGUAUUCGUCUCGUGCUAAUGAGAUGUGGCUAACCCACACUAGUGCCAGACUACAUUGCUUACGAUUGAGUUGCUACUAUUUCAAUAAUCAUAUUUUGGACAUGAAUCUUUCUAUCCCUUAUUAUAUCAGUAAAAAUCAGAACUGUAGAAUACGAAACAAGAAUGAUUAGAAAAUGACGAGGGUCACUUGGGGAAAGACGUGACAACAAGCAGAGAACACUUAGUUUACCUAGGUAAAAUCCAAUGAGGAAAUAUAGGUAAUAUUUUCUAUCAAGAUGCGAUAUGCAUUUCAGCAACCAUUGACCCAUAUAUUGUCUAUUGCACCUGCCACUAGAAGUGAGUUUUUUUGUGCUCCAUUGGGAAACUUGACUCUGAAUUCACAUCUCAAUCUCUGCCUAAACUUACGUCGAAUAGCCUAAUUUGCUCCCAAAUUUUGUUUUGUGUGGCACAUGUAUAUUUGGUGCCCUCGUGUAGCAAUAUUUGUGUUCAAAUAAAUAUAUAAAUAAAUAUCAACUAAUCAGUUUUCAUUGAUUGCCAAAAUCACAGUAAAUUUAUUAAAAUAAAUGAAAGUUCAUUGAAGUUCAGUUUAUUCAAUGCAUAUUGAUUGAAAUUAUGCAGUUGAAAAUACUCAGGAAGUCAUUAAACAGUUUUAUUUUCGAACAAAUUAACGCAACGAAAUGCAUUAAAAGUUGACUGACCAAAAAUCACCUUAAAUAUGUGCAAAUUUUAAGGUGGAUUUUCUGUUUUGUAUGUUAUAUUUGGGAGUGUCAUAUCCCUAAUAUCUCUCAUUUUCAAAAUGGAACAGUCCGAGGUUAGUUUUUGGUCUUUCUUUUCGGAUUAAUGACUGGAUAUUUAGUUCACAGGUGUUCUUUCCCCCAGAGAAUAAAACACCGAUCGAGUGAAUCUAAGCCAUUUGUUCUUAACUGAAUCUUAACGGUUAACAGAUAGCUUAGAGGCAAAUUGAUAAUAUGACCGUUAAAAUGGGCUAUCUUGUUUAUGUGGGUACUGCGGUGAUGUUUGCUGAUAUGCCUGUUGAUUUCAUUUAGUUUGUUGUUUAGAUUUCUCUGUUUUCUCGAUUUUUUAGCAUAUUGUGACUAUGGCGUCUAUUUUAAUAGCUUAUUAUAUUACAUUUACUGCUUCGGUGGUUUUUGAAUGAGCAUAAUUUGGCAAAAUGUCAUGCACUUCAACGCCAACGUAUAGAUUUCAGAGUUUUCUUUUUGAUAACUUAUUGCUUGAGUGCAAUGCGGUAAAUCGUAAAGGCUUGGGACCAGGAUCAGAUUCAUUGUUAUGUGCAUGAACUUCGAGAUCACACUUUGUUGCAGACUGGACUAAAAUGGUAUAAAUCCCGAUAUUCGUUAACCGUUAGUCUUUGGCAACAACAUCAAUACAGCUUAACAUGGGUUCUUAUUCGAUGUAAUGCGGCAAAUCAGAGCUAGUGGUUGAAGAUGUAUUAACUUCAAGAAAAUUACCGUAGAAAAUCUAGAUAAAUAUGAACCGUUGAUCCAGUUAACACUUAUAUCUAUCUUCAGUGUUUUCCACAAUCAUCCAUAGUAGUCAUCAUUGUGAAUUAAAAUUGUGUUCGUUAUUUUCUAAUCAUGAACAAUUGGCUGAAUAUUUCAAUACAAAGUGGUAGUUUCUUCUUUAUGCGUUGUAUUUGAGGAUGUCACAUCAACAACAGCUCUGUAGAGUAAUCAAACUCGACUCAACCAAGUGGGAUAUCGAUAGAACAUCAACUCCACUAUGGUGCUUAGUGCGUUCAGUAUUUCCAUCUCUUGCAAAUUUGAUUCGUCUUGAUUACUUACCACACGUAGAUUUGGUGGCUCAGCGAUCAAGACCCUCUCAGCCGCUAAGUUACGAGCCUAAUCUCUGUCCCACCUACUUCAACUUUGGGGAUUGGGUAGUAUCGAAGCUCUUGCACUUAAUGCGUGGCUCGUAGCCUAAGGUAUAGAUCUAUACUUGGUAAAUGACCCUUAAAAAAUAUAAAACACUUCUGACCACUCCCACAUCGUCAGUUACGUAACAAGGACACCGUAGAAAUUAAUUAACCGAUUUUAUCCAGAGAAUGUUACUCCACCAAUGUCCUUGCUCCAGGUUGUCGAAGACUCCUUCAUAUCUGUUAUAAUUCUCUCUUACGGUUAUAACCCAGCUAUUCCUAUUGCUUAGUAUUCUCGGACACCGAUUCACUCGACAAGUCCCCAAAUCAGAACACGGUUGAACAGCAAAGAGAUUAUAUUCCAAUAACAAGGUUAGAUGGAAGUAAGAAGCACAAUAGGGAAAACGUUAGUAUAUUUAUAGUUUUUCACAUGAGAUUUCUAGUGUUCACUAAGUAUUGACUAACACUGAUUGGAUAAGAAUUAGCCAAUCAGCGUGCACCAAAGCAAUCGUGCAUUGAGCAUGCUUUAAUCCAGUCUAUGUCCCGCUAACAAUAUUCUUUUCGGAUUCCUCGUUUAUAUUGAUGCUUAUGUGUAAAAAAUAAAGCUUUCUCAUAAUCGAUGUUUAAAAUCACGAAUGGUUAACUGGUUGAUUUUAUUUCGAAAUAUUUUCUAUGACUUUCGCGGUUAUCAUUCUAGCGUUUCCUUUGUAGAUGAAGAAGCGAUUACAUCGAUCUGUCGGUUGUUUUGGAUUUAGAUCUAUUCAUCUUUUUUCAAACACAGCGAUUACCAGUAAAAAGCUGCAAUCCAAAAAUCCCCCUAUUCAGAACUCUGAUCCAGACCCCAAAACGUAUAACAAAGGACAAAAUUUACCAGCAUCUAGUGAUUAUGACCUAAUGUUAAGUAGUGUAGUAAAAGAAAAUGAUGCCUCCUCAUGUUCCACUUCUCAAGUAACCAAUACUAGUGUGCAUAAUAGUAAUCUAUCACACACAAAAACUAGCAACGUCGAGGAAAAUGGAAAAUACUUAGUGUUUGGCGGUAAAGUUUCCGAACCUCGUGCCCCACGUAUUUCUAAUGUCAGAAAACAACAACCGAUGAAAUUUCAAUCUCGUACACUCAGUCCUUCCGAUAAUCAAGAUGUACAUGAGUCGUUGCAAAGAAAUUUUAUCCUUAACUGCUCAUCUGUUUCAACAUUGAAGCGCAACUCUUCCGAAACAAGAAAAACUGAUGAUUUCGAUCUACAAUUUGAAAAGCAAUUAAAUAAUGGUAGUAGACAUUAUGACCUAAAUAAUGAUGUAUCAGAAGAUAUUCACAAUUACUUAUUGAAUUCUCCAUCCUGUACAAAUUUACUAAACACUGUAACUGCCAAAUGUUCAGAUAAAAAGUUGAUUUCCAAGACGGUAAGUCUUGGAAUUCCUACACAAAGGCCAAAUCAUCCUCUAAAACUUUCUCCAUCUUUUAUGGAAUCAACUUCAAUGAAAACUGUUAAUGAUUCUUUGCGUCAUGAAUUAAAGCAUCCAUCUAGUUUCCUGUUUGCUAAUGAACAAAGAGAAAUGGUUGAGGAAUUACAAGCAACAAGAAUUAUUCUUUUGAAACUGAAACGUUUAUUAGUCGAGACUCCGAAUUCGGGAAAUAAUCUUUAUUCUUCGACUUUCAAACCAACAAAUCUAUGUAACGACUCGUUGCAUUCCCUCAACUUUACCAUGUGUCAUUGUAAUGUAAAUCAAAGUCGAUUUCUGCUUGUUCCCUCAGUUGCCGAAGAUAAUCGACUAAUACCCUCUAUCUGUAACAAAUCAAUCAAUAGAACUGGUCUCGAAGAGCUUAUUGAUAGCCUUGCACAGCUUCACUUUGAAAAAUCAGAAAUUCUAUGCGCUACCUAAUAACUGUAAAUCAACGUUUUAUCGCUUCAGAACUGUAAGUAUAUUUUUGAAUUUAUGAAACAUUGCUUCCAAAAUCAUCAGAAAUUAUUUCUUUAAGAGUUAUUGUUACAUUUUGUAAUUAUCAAUAGUAAUUGCACUUCGGAUUGUUUACUUUUGAGCAUAUGGUCAGCUUUAUUCAGAGUAAGCAUACAGACAUCGUCAACAUAGAGCCUGUACGUUGGCCCGAUUUUCAAAGCCUCAUUAGCAGGAAAAAAUGGAAAUAAAAAACAAGUCCGAAUGAUGUAAUAGCAGUGAUAAAUAAAUAGAAAUAAAUAUUGAGAGUAAGUUUGGGAAGUUUGAGCGAAAACGUAUAAUUGGAACGGUAAUGAGAUUCAGGAUCUAGAGGAAGAUAAACAGUAAAUACGUCUGCACUACGAUAAGCGAUUCUGAGAUAUACCACCUAAAGUCUCUAAAAAUUAACACUCGUUCAAUUUGGUCAUCUAGUUUGUUUAACGAAGAUGACGUAUUCACCGUAAGUAGAAUAGUUGUUGGAUCAUAAUUGUUACAGACUGACACAAUGUUUACAUCUCGGUAUAACUUGCCUAAGAUAAGAAAGCUUGGUUAGUGGAAACUUUAGGUAUCUGUUCAAAUAAGAACCUAUGCGUAGUAUGUAAUAAUGUAAUAAGAAGACGAAGAUUAUCAGAACUAUGUGAUAUAUUAGCGCAGUACAAAUCGAACAAUCUGAUCACACAUACUUGUUAAGAACAUAUGUAUUAAUAAAUGAUCAACUAGACUGGAAAUGGGGUAAGAGGAGAUAAGGGUAAUAAUAAGAGUAAUAAUAAUAAUAAUGUGAACACAAUUUGAAACCUAAUCACUCUGGCUAAUAAGUCAUUAUUAGGGUAGGUUUAAGGUGGGAACAAACUGUUUUUGAAUACACAAAGGGGGGUUGAAUUUUCGUAUGGCUAACGCUUCAAUAACCCUUAGUAUACGCCCUUUUACACCUUUAUACAACACCACAAAAGCCGAGUUAUGAUCAAUCUUAUGGCCUGUUUCGAUUAUAUGUUUAGUAAUAGAGGAUGAUGGAUGUUUAUCCUCUGCUCUUAUUGGGUCACUUGAUUGUAGUUGUUUCCGCAACCAUUUUGGUAGAUGUUCACACACCCUAACUUUGAGAUCACGAUUGCACCGUCCUAUGUAUGUGUGACCACACACACAUUUAAAUUGGUAAACAGUGGAAUGUGACACAAUCUUUUUCAUGUCUUUAAGGUUUUGGAUGAAGCAUGCACCUUGUUCCUUCUUUGAUAAUGACCUUUGCUGCGCAAUACGUUUUGUUGAUGACUGAUUUAAGCCUUUGUUUCAAUAAAAGGUUAUUUGAAUCACCUCUGAAUGGUAAGGUGAUGUAAACAGGCUUUUUUUCUACCAAGGCUACAAUAGGUCACACUGUACCAUCGACUUACCGUCUAUUUAUGAAUUUCAGAGGAAUGCUAUCAAAAGUAUGUGAGUUGUCUGAAUUUUAAUUGGAGCAAGAACAGUAUUUCCAGUAAUUAGAACAACACAUAUAAGCGAACAAUUGUUUUCAAUUAGAUCUUCAAAAGAUUACGUUUAAAUUAUAAUAACUUUGGAACAGAAAAGGCUAUGGCAGUGAAUCAUACAUCAAAAGAAAGCUUAUGGUCUCUAGAAUAAAAUAGGAACAAAAUUAAAUGUUACUGUUUUACAAGCUUUGAAUUAAAUGAAAUAACGUCCCCAAAAAUAGCUUCCGUAGUUUGUCUAGGCUUCUUGUUCUCUGUUCAUAUCACAACCUACACUAAGCAAUGAAGUGUCAGAAAAUCAAUUUCAUACCCAUUGAUAAACCACAGAUGGGUAGAAUACUUCGAGGAACUCCUGAAUAGGCCGGCUCCAAUGAAUCCACCGGACAUCGAAGCAGCACACAUAGAUCUUCCUAUAGAUGUCAACCCACCAACUACGGAAGAAAUUAGAAUGGCCGUCAGACAAAUCAAGAACGGGAAAGCAUCAGGACCCGACAACAUACCAGCUGAAGCACUGAAAUCAGACAUCGAAGCAACCACAAGCAUGCUUUAUCUUCUAUUCAAAAAGAUUUGGGAGGAGGAACAAGUCCCGAUGGACUGGAAAGAAAGACACCUCGUCAAGAUUCCAAAGAAAGGAGAUCUGAGCAAAUGUGAAAACUACAGAGGCAUUACACUACUGUCAAUACCAGGGAAAGUCUUCAACAGAUUGUUGCUGAACCGGAUGAAGGAUGCAGUAGACGCCCAACUUCGAGAUCAACAAGCUGGAUUUCGUAAGGAUCAGUCGUGCACAGACCAAAUCGGAACACUACGGAUCAUCGUCGAACAAUCAGUUGAGUGGAACUCGUCACUAUACAUCAACUUCAUUGAUUAUGAAAAGGCAUUCGACAGUGCAGAUAGGAGGACAUUAUGGAAACUUCUUCGACACUACGGAGUUCCUGAGAAGAUUGUCAAUAUUAUCCGGAACUCAUACGACGGACUACAGUGCAAAGUAGUGCAUGGAGGACAGCUGACAGAUGCAUUCCAAGUCAGGACCGGAGUCAGACAAGGCUGUUUACUCUCUCCCUUCCUCUUUCUUCUGGUGGUCGACUGGAUUAUGAAGACCCCGACAUCUGAAGGAAAACACGGAAUACAAUGGACAGCUCAGAAUCAAUUAGACGAUUUGGACUUCGCUGAUGACCUAGCCCUCCUAUCGCGUACACACGAACAGAAGCAGAUGAAGACAACCAGUGUAGCAGCAGUCUCUGCAUCAGUAGGCCUCAACAUACACAAAGGGAAAACCAAGGUCCUCAAAUUCAAAGCGAAAAACAGAAAUCCAAUCACUCUUGAUGGCGAAACUCUGGAAGAUGUAGAGUCCUUCACAUACCUAGGAAGCAUCAUCGAUGAACAAGGAGGAUCCGAUGCAGACGUAAAGGCGAGGAUCGGCAAAGCAAGGAUCGCAUUCCUACAAUUGAAGAACAUAUGGAACUCAAAACAACUUUCAACCAAUAUCAAAGUGAGAAUCUUCAAUACGAACGUCAAGACAGUUCUACUGUAUGGAGCUGAAACUUGGAGAACUACAACAACCACAAUCAAGAAAGUACAAGUAUUUAUAAAUAGCUGUCUACGCAAGAUACUCAACAUCCAUUGGGCGGAUACCAUCAGCAAUAGCCUUCUGUGGGAGAGAACAAACCAACUUCCAGCUGAAGAAGAAAUUAGGAAAAGACGAUGGAAAUGGAUAGGAAAUACAUUACGGAAAUCACCUAACUGCAUCACGAGGCAAGCCCUAACUUGGAAUCCUGAAGGGAAGCGAAAAAGAGGAAGGCCAAAGAACACAUUGCGUCGGAUAAUAGAAGCAGAUAUGAAAACGAUGAAUUACAACUGGACGGAGCUAGAAAGGAUUGCCCAGGACAGGGUUGGAUGGAGAAUGCUGGUGAGCGGCCUAUGCUCCUUCACGAGGAGUAACAGGCGUAAGUAAGUGAUAAACCACAUAUGUUUUAAUUACAAUAUCUCUUCAAUCGUAGCAGAUAUUUUGAGAAAACUAGCUAAUAACAAUUUGAAGCAAUCAGCUAUAUCACUUAACAGUUACGUUUGAGGAUGAAUGUAAAGAAUAAAUUUUUUCAUGGACUAUUUUAAUUUUUUAAGGACUGUUGAUUAAUUAUACGACAAAGACGCGACCAACUAUUCACUUUUUGUUAUGAUAGGACACUCGAUGUUAACGUUUUUAUACUCGUUCACACCUAGGAUUCUAUCUUUCUGAAUUUUUAUUACAUUUUUGUUGCAUUUAUUCUUUAAACACAUAGGUGAUUCAGGCAAACAUGUACUUGAUGGUUUUUGUAUUGUAUAGUAUAGAUAUUUCAAUACUGUGUUUCCAACACAUUUUGACACUCAUAAUUUAAAUCACAUUAAUAGUCGUAUUACGUGUUAUCCGGAGGAUGGUGUAGUUCUGAAUGUGGUUUUUAACAUAUUUUGACUGCUUCCUUUUAUAUUCUAAAAGGAUUUUUAGAUCUUUUUUUUGACAACCUUAAUGUUGAAAAUGUAAAACUUCGUGAAAUUUCCUUCAAAACAUCAUUGUAGUUCUUUGAAUUGACAACUAUAACUAGUUAUUUUAUCAAGAUAUUCGGUGUCGAAUGUAACUACGUAUCAAGACGUAAAUCACAGAAAUACCGUUUAUUAUCAAACCUAUUGGUUUCGUGCCACUUUGCCAAUACUGCUUUUCUGUUGUCACCUAAAUAUUUCAGUGAUUCCAUAUCAUACACUCAGUAAUUUGUUUCUUACUAUUUCUGAUAAGAAAGUGAAUCGGAUCAGGUGACUUAUUAUUAGCAUUCCAAAAUUCUUAUUAGGUUAGUCACAUUUUACGAAUGCUGUACUUUAUUCUGGUCGAAAUCAAUGUUUUAUUUUAAGAAAGUUUAAUGGAAUUAACUAGUUCGUUUUUAUCUUAAUUGUUAGCUCCAUUUUCUAAAUAUUUAUCCACUGAUCAUUUAUAUUGUCAUAUCGUUUUGUGAUUAAAGAGGUUAAAAUAUUAGCAUUUUAACAUUUGUAAGCUAUUAAUCCAUACUCCACAUACUUCGGUUAGAAUAGCCGGGUAGCAGCACAUGAUGGCUCAAAACUGAAUACAUAAAUUUGUGCUUGGUAAAUGAAUCAAAAUAUCUAAACGCAUGUUUUAACUGUCAUUGCUGCUACUGUUAUUCUGUUAUAAUUCAGUUGAAAGUAGGUAUUUUUACACAUAGUGUAUCAUAUCUCAUUGUUAUAUUUUAAUACGAACACGGUUGUAAGCAGUUGAAGAUAAACCACGAAAUAAAAUGCAUUCAAAUUAUUUUGCCUCAGUUGUGGUUUUAGCCUUACUGAAAUAGGUAUUGGCUGUCGUGCUUUGAAAAAUUAUUUCUCACAAACCAAAUAUCCCGUAUAAGAUCUUCAGGAAAUUCACGGAUUACCACAUCCUGGAUAACUAGACACCUUCUUACUGCCGCAAAUUUUAUUGUAUUCAAAGCAAACUCAUCAAAACACAUGCAGUUUUUCGUCAUUUGAGCUAUGUUUCAGUUGACACUAUUAAAGGUAUCAAGUAAUCUAGUCCUGGAAGGUUCGGAAUAUAUAUAAUAUUCCCUAAAUUUAAUUUGCAGUACAGUAAUGAAGUACAAUAAUCCCAGUAUAUAGUAAAAUUAAAAUUUACAAACUAUAUAUAUACGCAUUUUUUUCUUCGUUUAAAUAUUACUGAUCACUGUUCACCGAAUUUUUUUUAGACUACAUAUCCUGAGGAUUUGGAUACUUAAAUAUAUUUUUUAUAGUUCUAGCAGAUAUCUGGCGCUUCUUUUGGGAAGUUUUUCUUGGUAAAUUUUCCAUGACCUUCCUAAUUGUAACUUUCCUCAAGAUGCAGCUGAUAUACUUUAUUUCAAAAAAGUGGAUUUUUAUUUAUGCCGUUUUGUUUUGUGUGUCUAUUCUGGUCCUAGCUUAACUUGAUAUAUUUAUGUAUGUCUAUUCAAACUUUAUUUAUUCAGAGAUAGUGCCACUACUUUCAAAAAGAAAUUUAUUUAAUUUCCGGAUUUUUUAAAAUGCAUUCCUCAGAACAUAGUAUGGUUUUUUGAGAUUAUCAACUGUGAUGCCCUUUAUUUAUUUAUGGACGUUUGGUAUUGAAUGUUUUUAUGCAAUAAUAAUUUUAAUCAAGAAAUCAUUUACUUUUGGUUUUCUCACCAGAAUUGAUGUAUGUAUGCAGAUGUGGGUUCGUUGCUUUGAUCAAGUUGGUUCGCUUUACAAUAUCACUCAUUAUUUGCCGAUGCCUUUAUGUCUAUCACUUGAUAUUCAUGUUUUUCAAAGGUUUGUUAGCGGAAAUUCACUAUUGCCACUUUCUUCUAUUUUACAAUAUAGUGUCUGCAGAAAAUUCAGACUAUUAACAGGAAUUCUUCAUGUCAAUCGCUGUACAAUAAAAUUAGAUAUCAUGGCCUCAUUGAUCUAAAUUGUUUAUUUUCUUCACAGUAACAAUGUUUUAUCAGAUUGCUUGUUUCGAGGCGCUGAGUUCACUGUCUACCUCUUUUCAAAAUUUUUAUCCAAAAUGAAAAUACCGAUGUUUGGCGGACUUCACAAAUUCCAUUCGUAUUCCUAUCUGCUUACGCAAUCAUCAUUAUUCUCCCUAAGACUUCCAAAAUAUUCAAGCUUGCAAACUCGUUUGUUACAUUCGGGACACAAAACAGAAUUAUUUGGUGAUAAAAAUGAAUCUUGGGUACCCAUAUAUCGUUUCCGUUCCAUAAUUUUCCUCCAGGCGAUCUCACAACUUAAAAUUAUAUUAACUGGCUCAUUAAUUUCUGGCUGUCCAGUAGCUAUAUACAAAUACCUACAUGAUCAAGUUUCUUCCUCAUUAGUUUAUACAUUUCUGGGUUGUGCCGUGUUUUCCCUGUGCAGUCUGAUUAUUUUCAGUUGGCUCAGCAUAAAAAUUGUGGGAGUCGUUAGUAUUCACAGAGAGUCUGGUCUAGUACGCAUCGGACAUUUAACAUUUUGGGGAAAACGUCAAAAUACAAUUUUGAAUUCAGGUCAAAUAGUCCCACCAUCGGAUCUUAACGAAACACCGGGAAAAAAAAGUUAUGUUCGUAUUGGGAUAAUUAAUGCAAAUGCCAAUUCCACAAAACCUUUGGGUAUUGGACGAACCUUUCUUCUAACUAGAGGGAGAUCGGAAAUAUUAGACAGAGAAAAAUUCAA